AUUGAAAUAUCGGUUGGGUCAGUGUUUGCUUUGUGUAGCCUUCAUGUUGUUUUUGCUCGAUUGAUUUCUUUUUUUGCUCUAGAGAUUAUCUGUGUUGAUGUUGUUCGUCUUCGACCCAAUCUUUUCAGUUUAGUGCUAAACUUCACGUGUUGGAGCGAAAUUGUAUAUGCAGCACUGUGCUGAGGCCAAAGGAGUUAAGUUGGCAUUAAUCUCGCAAUUCACAACAAAUUCUUAAUGAUCUAAGAAAUAUAAAACCGGAAAAAGGUGCACUGAAAGUUUGAAAUUCACACUGUCACGAUACUUUUACAGUAUUUUGAAACCUCUCAACUUUGGGCAUGUUUAGUUUUGGCUAUGCUUCUUACGGUGCGCUAACUAGACAUGAACGCCGCCACUUUUGUAUAGCAAAUUUAGUAGUCCGUAGAAGGAAGUGCGGGCAACAUCAUAAUGUCCCGUCUCUCAUUUUAAAAUGAUCAGUUUUCGUUUCAACUUAAUAUUUCCACAGGAAACUGUAAAUGUAUUCCUGGAAAACGUGCACAGUUUAUAUCUAACAGAAUGCAGAGAAUGGAUUUUUUUUUUCCUUCAGCUUUCCGGGGUGACGACUUUGUCGAGUUCACGACAAUAGAUUACUUUCCGUUUGUGCGUUCAUAUCUUAUCUGGAAGCCGUGGGAAAAUUUCCCGUCUUGGAUGUAGCUUCAGUUGCUAUGGAAACCCUGUCAAAGACCCUUGACAAAAAGAGAAAACAACGGCGAAGCCUAUUAAGCCGACUCAAAACAAACGUAGAAUGAAGAGAAACCUCUAGAUAAAAUGGAUUUGGUUUUUUACUAAGGACAAGGGGACUUAGUGAAAAUAGAAGAGUACUGAAAAGUUGACUUUUGGAGUUAGCACAUAGAGAGCAGUGCGCAUGCACUUCGAGCUUGUCUUGACAUGAAAUAUGUUGUUUAUUACCCCGAAUGUAAUCUGUACCACGCCAAGCUUCUUAUGACUAGACCGACUGGAGGCGAAAAUGUGUCUAAGGACUUGUGUCGAAAUUUGCUUGCAUAUGGAAUGACCCAUGUCCUUGAGCUUCAACUCGGAUUUUUUCCCACGUCAAGUAAUCCCUUGUGAUGUGUAAAAGGAUGGAAGUGUAGGUACACUUGGCUGCACAAAUUACACCAGUUGAUGUGAUAAUUAGGCAGUAGGGACAAUUAAGCGACCCUGAGGACGGCACUACUGCAGAAAUCAAAGAAAAUACCGUGCCAUUGGUCAAUCAUCGACCGCGUUCUGUGAUUGGCCACUUGGACCACAAAGGAAAGAGCGCGACGCGUAGUAAAAUGCAUAUGCAAAUUAAUCAGUGGGAAGCCCGCUAGGGAGUUCAGUGUGGUGAAACUCUAUCGCUCAGUACUCCGGUCGUUCGUGGGAAUACUGUGCAUUUCACGGUUCGAUGUCCCACUCACCCGAUGAAGCGCAAAAGUUGAUCGAUCUUAUUAGGAAUUGAACGCCAAGUUCGCAAUGAAGGGCUAUGUUAUAGCGAUCGUGUUCAUUCCGAUGGUGCUUGCCUCCACGUGUCAUAACGGAUACUGCAAGAACGGUGGAACAUGUUUAGAAAACCAUGGAAAGGCCAAUUGCAGUUGUCCUGCAAAUUUCACGGGGGCCACAUGUGAAACAGAUGUUGACGAGUGUCUAGUGCUAUCAAAUCCAUGCUAUAAUGGAGCAACUUGUACAGACGUUUUUGGAGGCUAUUUUUGCCGUUGUAUUUCUGGUUGGGAAGGAUUUGAUUGUUCCAUCAACAAGAAUGACUGUGUUACUCAAGCAGAUGGAAGCCCCCCAUGUCUAAGUGGUGGCACUUGUGUGGAUAGAGUUGGCAAAUAUGAUUGCCUCUGUCCACCAGGAUGGACAGGUCCUUUGUGCCAGUCUAUUGAUCAGUGUUACGCCAAUCCAUGUUAUGGAGCUGCAACAUGUUUGACAGAUCCCUUUGGACGAUAUAAUUGUCACUGCCCAAAAGGAUGGACUGGGAAAAAUUGCAGUGCUGACAUUGAUGAGUGCAUGAUUAGUAGUCUUUCACCGUGUCACCAUGGUGGCACAUGUGUCAACACACCUGGAUCAUUUGUAUGUCAGUGUGUACCAGGUUACACAGGUGAAAGGUGCGACUUGCCCAUUAAUGAGUGUGCAUCCAACCCAUGCAAGAAUGGCGCUCAGUGCCUGGAUUACGUCAGUGAAUUUACAUGCAUUUGUCUACCUGGGUGGACAGGCAAAACAUGUAAUGUGGACAUUAAUGAAUGCAACAGCAACCCUUGUAAAAACGAAGGACAAUGUGUUAAUGAAUUGAAUAGUUACAGGUGCAAGUGUAAAUCUGGCUUCAGUGGAACUAACUGUGAGAUAAAUAUUGAUGAGUGUGCAAACCCAAAUCCUUGUCAGAACGGUGCUACAUGCUCUGAUGGCCUUGCCUCUUAUACUUGCUCUUGUGCCAGUGGCUUCACUGGUAAAGUGUGCGAGACAGACAUAGAUGACUGCAUGUCAUUCCCUUGUCAGCAUUAUGGAACUUGUGUUGAUGGCAUCAAUAGCUACUCCUGCAUCUGUGCCCCUGGUUACAUUGGAAAGAACUGUGAUGAAGAUUUUGACGAAUGUUCCAGCAAUCCAUGUAUGUUUGGCGGAACCUGCGAGAAUAAACAAAAUGGGUUUCAGUGCAGAUGUCCUAAAGGCACAAGUGGUACAAGAUGUGAACACAAUGUUGAUGACUGCAUAGGAGUUACUUGCAAGAAUGGUGGGACAUGUAAUGAUAAACUUGAUGCUUACGAAUGUAAGUGCCAUCCAGGUUUUGAUGGCCCCCACUGUGAUAGUAACUACGACGAGUGUGCAUCACAACCUUGCCGAAAUGGGGGAACUUGUACAGAUGGUGUUGCUCAGUAUCACUGCCAAUGUCAGGCGGGUUUCACAGGUAGAAGCUGUGAGACCAUAAUUGACAGUUGCCUUGGAAACCAGUGCAAAAAUGGUGCAUCUUGUGUCUCACAACAAUAUAGCUACUCAUGUAAAUGCAUGCCUGGGUAUGGUGGACAGUUGUGUGAGGUUAAUAUUGAUGAAUGUGCUGCAAACCCUUGCUUUAAUGGUCAGUGCAGAGAUGGGGUCAAUAGGUACAUUUGUGAUUGCUACGCUGGUUUCAGGGGUACUACCUGUGAAAUCAAUAUUGACGAUUGUAAAUCCAGCCCCUGUCUACAAGGAUCAACAUGUGUCGACAGAGAGAAUAAUUUCUUUUGCGAAUGUGCACCUGGCUUCUCUGGACGAAGGUGUGAACAGCACAUCGAUGAGUGCAGAUCAUCACCUUGUCAGAACGAAGCCACUUGUGUCGACGAAAUUGCUUCAUACCGCUGCUACUGUAAACCUGGCUACACUGGAACGAAUUGUGAAAAUGUAAUCGAUUGGUGUCAGAACUCCCCAUGUAAAAAUGGUGGGACGUGUAAGCAAACUGGGACUGAUUUUCAGUGUGACUGCCUGACUGGAUUCAAAGGCGUUAUUUGUGAUGUCGAGAAUAUCACCUGUGCUCAGGCCAGAAAUUCAAGAAGCGAUGUGUGUUUGAAUGGGGGAACAUGUAUUGAUGAUUACCAGAAUAUGCAGUCCUGUUCAUGUGCCCCUGGCUUUACAGGAAGCUAUUGUGAAAUCAACAUCAAUGAUUGCACCAGUGGACCUUGUAAAAAUGGUGCCAGUUGCAUCGAUGGAGUGUCAAACUACUCUUGCAGCUGUUUGAAAGGCUUUGUUGGUGACAACUGUGCAAUAAAUGUUGAUAACUGUGCUUCGAGCCCAUGCGAGAAUGGUGGAUCAUGUACUGAUCUAGUUGACGAUUUUUUCUGUUCAUGUCCUGUGGGAUAUGUUGGUAAUACAUGCAAAAGUAAUCCUAAUGAUUGUCCAGAUAAUGCUUGCUUCAAUGGUGGUACUUGCCAAGAUGGUCUGGAAAGUUUCUCCUGUCUGUGCAGAGCGGGAUAUUCAGGAUUGCGCUGCGAAGUGGACAUUGACGAAUGUGCUUCUAACCCUUGUUCACCUCUAGGCACUGACAAAUGUUAUUCACUGCCUGAUAAUGAUUAUCGCUGCAUGUGUAGGCCUGGAUUUCUGGGCAAGAACUGUGACUUUAACAUAAAUGAGUGUCUGUCAAAUCCCUGCCAGAAUGGAGCAGAAUGCAAAGAUGGUGCCAGCAAAUAUACUUGCCUUUGCCAGAAAGGAUUUUCAGGAUUAAACUGUGAGCGUGCAGUCUCCUCGUGUUCAGAUUAUCCUUGCCUGAAUAGUGGCACCUGUCUGACACAUGUCAACGGUAGUUUCUCGUGCUCUUGUAUGCAUGGAGUUAAUGGUCGAAUGUGUGAGUGGAACCAGGAUGACUGUCUGUCCACACCUUGCCAGAAUGGAGCAACUUGUGAGGAUGGAUUUGGUACAUAUACAUGUAAGUGUCCUAUCGGAUACACCGGAAUAAACUGUGAACAGGACGUGGAUGAGUGCAAAAGCAAUCCUUGCAUGCAUGGUGGUACAUGUGAAGACAUGGUGGGUCACUACAGAUGUAAAUGUCCAGACAAUUUCAGCGGUACAAACUGUGAACAAGAAGCAAAGUGCCCCCGUGAUGACUGUGCAAAGAAGUUUGAUGGAGGGAAAUGCAAUCCAAACUGCAACAUUCAUUCUUGUAACUGGGAUGGCACUUCCUGUUCCCUUGGAAUUGAACCAUGGAAAAAUUGCUCUGCACUGACAGAAUCUGGAAAAUUCUGUUACGAAGUGUUCAAAAAUGGUCAAUGUGACAAACAUUGCAACAAAGUAGAGUGUCUUUUUGACGGUUUUGAUUGCAGCCCUCCUAAAAAAGAAUGCAGCAAUAACGACUAUUGUGCUGCCCGCUUUGAAAAUGCAGUGUGUGAUUCAGUCUGCAACAAUGAAGCCUGCUUGAAGGAUGGUUUAGACUGUGAAACAGGGAGUCCUAAAUUGGGCGAAGGAACGCUUGUACUUGUGCUGUUGGUAACACCAGACACUUUUAGGAAUGGUUCCAGAAUAUUUAUGAGAGAACUUUCUGCAGUGUUGGAAACCAUUGCAUUUAUCAAGAAAAAGGAUAACGAGCAAAUGAUCUACUCCGUGACUAUUCCUUCUCCUACUGAGGCCCUGAAACAGCGCUCACGCCGACAAGCUAUCCUGAAGCUGACUCAUUACGUUGUCAGACGGGCAGCGGAAGGGUCCACGAAAGGAACGGAAGUUCACGUGGAUCUCGACCAGAGAGGAUGCUCAGGACACACGUGUAUCUACAAAGCGAGCGAUGGAGCUCGCUACCUUGGUGCAUUACAGUCCUCCAACAAGUUAGACCUACCUUACCCCGUGUAUCAAGUUAGAGUUGACGACGAACCUCCGACCCCCAAAGAACCACCCCCUGAUCUUCCCCCUCUGUCGCCACUUUACAUUGCUAUGCUGUGUGUGGGUAUUCCACUGUUUAUUGUUGGAGUGUUGGCUGGUGCCAAGAGGGUGUACGCCAAACUGUGGGUACCUGAAGGUUUUCCAAGACAUCGACCUCGACGACAGUCUUCCACGAGGCGUGAACCCGUCGGCCAGGAAGUGUCCAUGAGAUCAAUGAGCAAAAGUUCCUCGGAAAUUGACGAAGAAGGUGCUUGUGCGGAUGGCGAGAGCAGCCGAUCAGACCUCACCCCUCCCAGAGAAUCCAAACGCGUCAAGCUGGACAACGGAGAAGACCCGCGUAAAUGGACCAGCCUCCACAAGCAAGCAGCGGAUGUGACUGUACGAAACCCAUCGCUGGCUCUGACCCCUCCUCAGGAGGGCAGUGGCGAGCGAGGAGCAUCAAACAUAGAGGUGGAUGCCAGAGGCCCCGGUGGAAUGACCGCCUUGCACUUGGCUUCGUGUCGCGGUGGGUACGGUGAUGGCAGCAGCCUGGAUGACGACAAAGACAGCGACGACAGCGGAGGAGCGAUGGUCUCGGAUCUGCUGUCUCUUGGGGCAAGCUAUGGAUCUAAGACGGACCAAGAUGAGACACCGCUUCAUCUUGCUGCUCGACAUUCCAGAGCUGAUGUUGCUAAACGUCUUCUGGAUUAUGGAGCUGAUGCUAACUCACGGGACCGACUCAACCGCACACCUUUACACUUAGCUAUUGGAGCUGAUGCUCAGGGAGUGUUUCAGAUCUUGCUACGAAAUCGUGCCACGGAUCUUGAGGCUAGAAUGGACGAUGGUACCACACCGCUUAUCCUGGCUGCAAGGCAUGACUUGCCCGAUCUCGUGCGUCACCUCAUCAAAGCCGGCGUAAAGGUCAACAGUGCGGAUAAUCAAGGAAAAACCGCUCUGCAUUGGGCUGCCUCCGUGAACAGCUUGGAAGUGACCAAGGAACUGCUGCGGAAUGGCGCCAAGAAGGAUGCUCAAGAUGAAAAGGGUCAAACACCGCUGUUCCUUGGGUGUCGGGAGGGAAGCAUCCAGACCGUACGACAUCUGUUAGUGAACUAUGCUAACCGCAAAGCCGCGGAUACUAUGGAUAUGACACCGGAAGAUAUCGCAAAACAGAGGCAUCAUCACGACAUUGUGGAAUUGCUCACGGAUUGGUCAUUAGGCUGUAACUCUCCUAAGGCUGUGCCAGCCCCCACCUCACCCCCCGAAGGGCAAAAAUCUCCACUCGCAGGUAUGGCUUCUCCUCCUGCAACAUCUCCACCAGCGGUUGAAAUUCACAAUGGCGGCGCACCUUCAUUGGUGGCUCAUUUCCAACCGGCGCGUCCCAAGACGACUGUCAACAGAGCACCUGGCACACGACCCAGGUCGACUGCUUCGGGAAGUAAUAAUAACAACAAUAAUGCUAAACGGAAGCGGAAGAAGGCACGCCCCGAUGAGGAAGUAUACCCUGCCAUGAGCACUGUGACAACGCUCUCGCCACCUAAUUUGGUGACUUCUUGUGCUACCGGACAACAACAGGCGUUUUCGCCAAAUUGUGUACCGAUCACAAACGGACUUUCUCCUCUCGGGAGCACGGGCAUUUCGCCCGCGGAUUCGACUACCUUGUCGCCGCUUCAGGCUCCAAAUUCGCUUGAUACACAGCCGCCUUCACCAUUAGAACCAUUAGAAAUAUUGUCGCCGGACGACUUGGCGGGCUUGGAGGAAGUCCAGAUCGGGUGGGACGAUUUGCCGCUGGACGACAUAGAUCCUUUUAACGAUCCUGCGGAUAUGUCCAUGUGCGGGUUCCCUCCCAGCUCGACAAUAGGGCCUUUGACCGUUGUGGACCACAUUGUGCCCACUACUUCAGACUGUAUGUACGUACCUAAUGCAGCACCGCCUGUGAGGCGUGUGGUGGACCCCUUAGAGGGUCAGAGACUUUACUCUGUGCAUAGCACGCCGGAUCUGCACAAUGGCGGUUUGCACCACCCUGACUCUCGGCCUCUAGUGUUUAAUGGAAGAACUUGUCACUCUGCGCAGAAGGCUCCUAAUACGACGCCUUCGCAACUGGCCUCGUAUCAGGCUAUUACGAACUCCAACAUGUUUCCCGGCUGCGGCGGUGGAGGAGGAAACUUGAUGCCGCCCAGAAAAGACUACCAAAAUGGCGAUUAUUCGAUGUACCAUCAACAAUUUCAGUUACAUAACCACCAACUUGUUUAUGCGGGCGGAGAAAGACUCCCUUCGCAGCCACAAGCUCGCUCGUUUGUCAACGGCUACGAGUCGUCACCUCAGAAGUUUGUUUCGUUCCCAACCCCUUCCCCUGAUUCGCCGGGGCAGUGGUCUUCAUCAUCGUCAUCGUCUUCGUGCUAGUCAGUGUAUGUGUACUUUACUUGUUUUUACCAUGACUUCAUUGUCCAGUGUCCAGAUGAGAGUCGCCACAAUAGAUGUUACACUCCGUUGUUUCACCCUGUUUUCAUUUGUUAGUGGAGCCAGGACCCCAAAGCGUAUUAAUUAAUAAACUUUUACUUGCAGUGACGAGUAGUCACAAACUAUAGGUCUCCCCUUUGGACUGUCACACAACACUUCGGCAGAAACCUUGCGUGACCAUCCAAACAUCAGUCUCAAGUCGCACAAACUAAGUAGCACAUUUUUUUCGCUUCCACUUUUGUUAAAAAGUUAUCCUUCUGAUGUGUAGCGUUGUGUGAAUUUUGGCCGUUGUCUAAAGGCAGUGACUAUUUCAUGCGCGCUUAUGUGCGAUGCUGCUGUGAAAUUGUUUUUUUUUUUGUAACAAAAAAAUUUAAUAUGUUUAAUGGUUAACUCCACUAACUGUUGUAGUUAACUUUCUCUAAGAGGUAAAAUUGUGUUACAAUGAAAAAAGUUCGUUUGGUGAAACUGCCGUGUUUAUUGUAUACAAUAAUGUUAUUAGUCCCGUCGAGUUAUUUAUCAAUACUACUGUAUUUUAAUGUUAUAGUUAUUACUUACAACUGUUCGUACACCGCGGAAUUUUUUUUUUUUUGUGGCGAGUUCAGGGGCGGAGAAAAACAAACGGACACGUCUAAUUCUAAAUUAUUUUAAUCAACGCAGUAACCAGGGGGCAACGUUUUACAAUUUAUCUCACAACCCUGUUCAGGCCUGUUGUGUCAAACGGGUUCAGUUUUUACAGGAGACGUUAAAACUGAUUUCACAAUAACGGACAACAAAUCUACUGAUGAACACAGCUUUGAUCAGUGUUUCCGGCGAGAUAAUAAGCUGUUGUGGUAUUUUAGAGGAAUGCAAAUGCAGUGAGUCAAUACUGCUCCUAAACUAACAAAGCACACAUAUAUGAUGAGGUUGAAAGGUAGCUGCCUUUUUUUUUUAAAAAAAAAGAAUUGCAAUUGAUUUAUAGACGAAUAAUUGAAUUUCAUGUUGGAACUAAACACAUAGAGCUAUAGAAAAGUUUAAUAUAUUUUUAAGAUGUAAUUAGGAAAUCUUAAGACUGUAAAUACAUUUUUUGUACAUUGAAGAACAUUUAUGCCCCACCGUUUCGCCACUCGUUUUCGACAAUAUACUCGAGGUAUUUUGAGUUCCUAUCACAAGUAUAAGGGUUUUCAAGUCGGUUUUAGCCAUUGUCAUGACCGAUGGGUUGCUUCUGUACUAAUCCCGUAUAUUAUUUUUAUAACUUUUACCUGGAAUUCAUUAAGUAACUGUGUUAUAAACGAUAACAGAGUAUUUUGGGAUGGAAAUAAAACCUUGAAUUGCAUUAGAAAA